AUGACUAUAUCAUACGCCGGUGAAGUUCCAAAUGGCAGCAGUUUCGGUUGUUUCUGGCGGAUCCUUUGCAAAUGGAGAGGCAGCGUGUACAAGCUGGUGUGGCGCGAGUUGCUUGCAUAUCUCACACUGUAUUACACGAUCAAUUUAUUGUAUCGGUUUGCACUAACAGAACAACAACAAAGGGUAUUCGAAAAAGUACGGCAGUACUUCGGUGCACAGAGCGAGUCAAUACCGAUGUCGUUCGUGUUGGGCUUCUACGUAAGUCUGGUGGUGAAGCGGUGGUGGGAGCAAUACAAACUGCUUCCCUGGCCGGACACCCUCGCCCUCUUCAUCUCCGCUGGGAUACCUGGAGCGGUUAGUAAAGACGAGACCGGACGGCUGAUGAGAAGAAAUAUUGUCCGAUACGCCAUCUUGGCAUACGUCAUCACGUUGCAAAGGGUCUCGCUUCGCGUAAAGAGAAGGUUCCCAACGUGGCAACACGUCGUGGACUCCGGUCUUAUGCUUGAAAGCGAGAGGAAGGUCUUCGAGAAGAUGGACGGGAAGAGUCCGAUGUCGAAGUAUUGGAUGCCACUGGUGUGGGCGACGAAUAUAAUUAACAGGGCGCGCAAAGAAGGCCUGAUCACGAGCGACCACAUUGUCCAGACUUUGUUGGUAGAGCUAUCGGAUAUACGAAGACGUCUGGGAGCGCUUAUUGGGUACGACACAGUGUGCGUCCCUCUCGUCUAUACUCAGGUUGUAACGCUAGCCCUCUACACGUAUUUCGUCGCUGCUUUGAUGGGCCGUCAGCUAGUGCCACCGGCUCCAGGGAGCACCUCCAAAUAUGAACCCGACGUAUACUUUCCUCUGUUCACUGCUUUACAGUUCUGUUUUUACGUCGGCUGGUUGAAGGUAGCCGAAGUACUUAUAAAUCCCUUUGGCGAGGACGACGAUGACAUCGAACUGAACUGGCUUAUCGACAGGCACAUCAAGGCGGCCUAUAUGAUCGUGGACGAGAUGCACGAAGAGCACCCCGAGCUUCUCAAGGAUCAGUACUGGGAGGAGGUGGUGCCCAAAGACUUGCCAUACACCGUCGCGUCCGAACACUACAGACGACACGAGCCGCCAUGCUCGGCCGACCACUACAAGGUUAAGGCAGAGGAUGCGGUGUACGCAAACGUACAAGCACCGAGGAAGAGUCAUGACGAGACUUACGCCGAUUACGAAAGUGUUGAUACGCCUCUAGUUGAGCGAAGAAAAAAUUGGUUCCAAAGGCAGAUCUCCAGAAUGGGAUCAGUUCGUUCAGCUUCCACCGCCUAUUCUUCCGGGGGGCUCUUCGGGAGGAACCGUCAUAACUCGGUUGUAUACUCGAGCCCUGAGGCGGGGCAGCCCGCGGCCCCACCGCCGCCUCAUCAUAAGAUGUCCCUUUACGAGAGACUGGUGGGUCGGAAGUCGGGCCGUGGUCAGCAUCGACAGAACUCCAGACACGGCGGGCAGAAGAGCAAUGGGUCGGCCAUACCGAUAACGCUACGCAACCGCCCCAGAAUACCGACGCCGGACGUGACCAAAGAGGUGAUGGACCGCGAGAGCCGGAUCGCGAUGGGCAUGCAGAACAUGGGCGUGAUAAUGGCCCACCAGGGCUACCAGAACGAGGUGCCCGUGCUCGGGGCGCUGGUGCUCUCGCCCAUACAAGAGCUGGACAGCGGCUCCGUGAACAACACCCUGCACGCCGGCCAGCCAGGCACCGCGGCGCUCGCGCAAGCGGUCCUGUCCCCGGCUCUGACGUCAUCGGGGCUGGCGCCGAUGCUGACGGCCGCGCCCGUCGUGUCCUCUGUAACGCUGUCCCCCGUGGGCGUGUCGCAGCUGGCGCUCGUGAACGGCUCGGCGCCGUCCACCCCGCGGACGGAGAGGGGGAACGGCGCGGCCGCCACGCCGCCGCCCCGCGCCGUCGUCACCGAAGUACCCGCUUCGGACCGCGACAGCGAGCACAGCGCGGCCAGCGCGGCCACCCCGCCGGAGUUCACGCGGAAGCCGGGCUCCAAACGAGGCGAGGUGGAUAGAGAUUAUUGUGAAAACUUCGGUGGUUUGAGGAAAACCCAAGUAAAUGCUGGUUACGUAAGCAGAUUCAAAAUAGAGCCGGCCUGGAAAAAUCACCAA